CAAGUGUAGAGUCCUGUAGUCAAGUCUGGCGGCUCGAUCGACUCGUUUAAAGUUAUGUGGGCACCAUAAAUAAGAGAAAGCUAGGCAGAGCACUGAUCUCCCUCCCAGUUAUUAUAUAUGAAACCUCUCUUGUCUCCCAGACAUAUAUUUCACAGCAAAGAGAUAUGGAAGCAGCAGUCAAGAUGAUGAUGAGAAAGGCCGCUCUCCCUUUCGUUCAACUGAUAGCCGUACUGUUCAUGGUGCUCGUCCUGUCUUCCGCAGUCCCAGCAGAGUCCACUCGCCAGCUCCUCCAACGCGGUCCAGUCCGCUCGGGACCCAACGGUUGUUCUCAUCGUGCCGGGGGAAGUGCCUCGUGCGUUGGACGACAUGGCUAAGAUUAUAUAUAGUGGGAUUGUAUUUGUACGUUACAAAUAUGCAUUUCAUUUUGGUUGAUUUUUGAUUUACUAUGAAACAAUUAUAUAUAUUGUGGUGGGAUUGUAUUUGUGCGUUAUAAUUUCUUGUCGGAUCAUUCAAUUUCUGUUCAAGAUAAUUUUUAAUAUUAUUUGUGUGAUCAAAGAUAUAAUAUCCUCUUAAGGACAACGUUGUUUUCACCGUUGUCCAAAAAUGUGGAAAAUUUUUAUACGACCUUAGUUUAAGUUGUAAAAGCGAAAUCAAGAUAGUCAACAGGA